AUGGCAGACAGCAAGGAGAUGACCAUCAACCUUGCUGUCUUUGGAAGAAGUCAGAGUGGCAAAAGCGCUGCCGGGAACAGCCUGCUGGGUAGCUCAGACUUUGAGAGCCACCAGUCACCAAGCUCUGUGACUACAUACUGCAGCCUCGGACGCAGCUGCCGCAUUUCAGGCAUCGUACGGAGAAAUGGCUGUGAGUUGGCUCUCCGUGUGCAAGUACUGGACACUCCAAGCUACCCUCACAGUGGCCUAAGCAAAGAGCAGGUGAGAGACACAGUGAGAUCAGGCCUGGCACACCACUUUGGAGAGGAAGGCAUGCACCUAGCUCUUUUGGUCCUGCGGGCUGACUUGCCUCUGUGUCCAGACGAAUCUGAUCAGGCAACUCAGUUUCUCCAGGAACUUCUGGGUCCCACAUGGAAGGACUUCACUGCAGUCCUACUUACCCAUGCAGACAAGGCAGAAGAGGCUGGAUUCAGUGAGGAAACAUACUUGCACAGUGCCUCAAGUACCUUGUUGUCACUUCUGAGCUCAGUAGAGCAUAAAUACAUUUUCCUACACAACCAGAAGAGCUUAACUAAAGGGGAAAGAGCUGUUGUAUUAAGAAAGCUCUUGGAUUUUAUAAGACAAAAUAAUUAUCAAAUGAUUCUACUUAAACACAGCAAGGAAUAA